UGGUAUGUGACGAUUGGGCAAAAAUCUAAGCUAUCAUGUAAUCUUUCAUAACAGUCGUGGCUUGCUCGUGAUUGUUGGCUUCGUCAAUGUAAGAUACAUCCUGAUGGAGCAAACCAGGAGGGUUUAUAAAGGACGAGGAGGUCGUAGAGGGAGAGGAAAUGGAAGUUGGAGAGGUGGUUGGCAGGGUAGUAGUACAGGUAAAGCACGCGGAGCCAUUGGAAAUAGCACCGGGCAGGAAGUUAGUUCAGGUAGUAAAAGAGUAACCGGAGAGGUGACUGAUAAUGGUUGGCCCGGUGGGAAAGAAAGAAGGGGUGGGAAAGGCUGGAAGCGGGAUAGUCGUACAGGUUUUGGAAGGGAUGAAGGAGAAAGAGGAAGUUGGAGAGGUGGUUGGCAGGGUAGUUCGGAUACAAAUGGUGAAAGGGAUGAUGGAAUAAGAGCUGGAGGAGACUCUGGAAGACGCACUGGGCUGGUUGGUAGUUCGGGUGACAAAAGAGAUACUGGAAAGGUGACUUAUGAUAGUUGGAGCAGUAGAGGACUUAACAGAAGAGGUAACGCAAGAGAGAAUGGAAGAGCACAAAGAGCAAGUAGAUCAGGUGGUGAAAGAGGAAGGACAAGAGGAAAUGGAGGAACCAACAAUAGCCAUCACAAAACAUUAGGUUGUUUUUCAGGACCCUUAGAGAAUCAGUCUGAGGGACAAUUAAAACUCAAGGACCUUCAGAAUCUGAAGAACAAAAGUCCGGACGAGAUUGUUCUCUUCUUGACAUCAGAAGAUUGCUUUCGGUCUACCGAACGCUUAGUAAAAGAGCAGUCAGCAGUUACAGACGACAACAUUGUGUUAUUGAUGAACAUUUUCACGAAAGCUUGCUCUAGCAAAUGCAGGGAGGAUCUGUAUAAGCUUUUAAGUCUAUUACCAGGGUCUUUGUUCCUCAAUUUGCACCUGAGGCGUCACCUGAACAAGCUAUUUGUAAAUCCAAUCCCGCCUUUUGACGUGGUUGCGUAUUUAAGAAACGUUGAGAAAAUGAUGAAUGAAUUGCUCCGAAGAUUUCCAAACUCUCACUCUGAUCUUCCGUUGUCCGACUUGUAUUGUACGAUAAGGUCGGCGUCCGAUUCAGGGCAAUUGGUAGAUGAAGAGCUCGUGAAAGGGGUGGAUGAAAUGAUGCAAAUGCGAAUCAAAAAAGCAGAGGAGUUGAAAAGGAAAGAAGAAGAGGAAAAGCAAAGGAGGAUGAAGCCACGGAGAAUUGCCGAAGAUAACGAUGAUGUCAAUCCGCCCGAAAAUUUCCGGUGUCUUAGUAUUAUUCCUACUGAAGAUGAGAUCCUGACAGAAGGAAGGCCUUUCAUCAGAAAAAACAAAAUUAGUGGGGCCUAUAAAGACGCGGAACACUAUUUAGACGUACAAUUUCGACUCCUACGAGAGGAUUUCCAGCGGCCUCUUCGUGAAGGGAUCACAAAGUUGUUAGAGUGUUCUGGCUCCCACAAGAUUGCCUUACAGGACAUACACGUGUAUGAUGGUGUACGCUUGCUCUACCCUGUGUGCACGUCCCACGGUAUUCGUUACAAGGUCGAGUUUGAUAACUCUAAGCUCAAAAGAAUACGGUGGGAAAACAGCAAACGGCUUAUCUUCGGCUCGUUGUUGUGUUUGUCCUCAGAUAGGUUUGAAACCAUUAUGUUUGCAACGGUGGCCAACAGGAAUAUCUUAGAGAUAAUACAUGGUAUGCUGGACAUACAAUUCAUCAGACCCAUUGAUAAUUUGAGACUUGAAGAAGGUGAUGUGUACCAGAUGGUUGAGAGCACUUCCUACUUUGAGGCCUAUCGUCACGUGCUGAAGGGACUGCAAGAAAUUUAUCCAACUAUGUUACCUUUUGAGAAGUACAUUGUAAAUUGCCAAGAAAAUGUCGAGCCCCCUGCCUAUCUAAGGAGUAGACUGCACGAAGAUGUAACUUUUGACCUUACACCUAUUAUGAAGAACGUGAGCCAGGAUAAUACUGAAAGCUUAGAUAUUCGAAGAAAGUUCAAACUUCGACGUGCACGUUCGAAGGGAACCGCCGUUCCACUUCUGAACCUGUCCUCCUGGCCUUCCGCCGAAGACCUGGGUCUUGAUGAUUCUCAGUUCAGGGCGCUGCAGAUGGCACUGACCAAAGAGUUUGCAGUCAUUCAAGGACCACCUGGUACUGGAAAGACGUUUAUUGGGUUAAAGAUUGCCAAUGUCUUGUUGCAUAACAAAAGCAAGUGGGACUCGGAAAGAAGGAGUCAGUGGAACAUGUUUUCUCGACUCGCAGGGCAUCAUCAAAUACUAAUUGUCUGUUAUACGAACCAUGCGCUCGACCAGUUUCUGGAGGGAAUCCAUCAGUUUCAUCCUGAGGGAAUUGUGCGGAUUGGAGGCCGAAGUCAGAGUGAGACUAUGAAGGAGUGCAGUCUGUCAGAGUUGAAACACCGCAUGCGCGAGACGAAGUCAGUUCCCAAAGAUAUCGGAAGAGAGUUAUUUGAAGCUCAUCAAAGAAUUGAACAGGCUGAUUCAAAACUCCAAGUUGCGAUCGAUGGCCUACUUAAAUGUCGUAAAAGUGUUUUUCACGAGAAGGCGCUACAUCAUCGUGCCCGAAGCAUGACAGAAGCCCAUUACCGAUCCUUGACGCAACCUUUUAUGGAAAAUGAUGACGUAAAACACAGUGCAAUGCUACACUGGUUAAAGCUAUUGGGGAACCCGACAAAUCUUAGUCAAGGAGGUGUUUGUGAAAUAGAUGGCGGGGAACAUACAGAAGAAGGGGAAGAAAAAGAAGAGGAAGACAGUGAAGACAAAGAUAACGAAGAUGAAGGGGAUGUGUUGUAUGAAGCGAUUGUUAUGGAAAACCAAAGACUGUUAGAUGACGACCAUGACGUUUACCAUUCGAAACCCGCGAGAAAAACUCAGGACCUUCUCCAAGUUGUGAAUCCAUCAGUUACCGAUAAUGGGGAACGCGGUGAUGAGUGGCACAUACAGAACGCAUCUCGACUGAAAAGGAAACUUAAGAAGACCAUGUAUUUUGAACUGAGUAAAGACGAUAUCAUGUCUGGAGAGAGGGCGAAAAUGAUCACAGAUGUUUGGAAUUUGAGCUUGGAAGACCGCUGGAGUUUGUAUCGGCGUUGGGUACGGGACGUACGAGAGCGUUGCCGCCGAGAAAUGAUAUACUUCCUCGCUGACUUUGAGAGAGGUGUCGAGGAACUUAAGCAGCAAACAGGUCAGCUGGACUUGUUCAUUCUAAGGAAGGCAGAUGUCAUCGGAAUGACUACAACAGGUGCGGCGAAGUACAGAAAAAUCCUGGAAGAAUUGGAACCCCGAAUAACCAUAGUGGAAGAAGCUGCUGAAGUACUGGAGUCACACAUUGUUACAUCGUUAACUCCCGGAUGCCAGCACUUGAUUCUGAUAGGCGAUCAUCAACAGCUUCGCCCCAAUCCUACAGUUUACGAACUCGCCAAAGAAUACAACUUAGACGUGUCACUCUUUGAGAGAAUGGUGGAAAAUAAAGUGCCAUAUGAACGGUUGCGAUUACAGCAUCGAAUGAGACCCGAAAUUUCCAGAAUGCUGGAGCAUAUUUACUUCAAUCCGAAACUGGAAAACCACAAAUCAGUGCUGAACUUUGAGAACAUUAUGGGUGUGACUCGUAAUGUUUUUUUUGUGGAACACGCCAAAAGUGAGGAUUUUUUGGAGGAAGGAAGGAGUAGGUCAAAUGAACACGAAGCCAAGUUCAUAGCUGCUCUGUGUCGCUACCUCAUUCUCCAAGGCUACGAAAAAGAAAAAAUUACAGUCCUAACGGCUUAUGUUGGGCAAUUAACCCAAUUCAAAAAAGAAAUGGCGGGUAAAAUCUUUCGAGGUGUAAGAGUCUGUGCUGUGGAUAACUUCCAGGGAGAGGAAAAUGACAUAAUUUUGCUUUCGCUCGUUCGAAGCAACGAGGAUGGCAAAAUCGGUUUCCUGCAGAUAGAAAACCGAGUUUGUGUCGCCCUAUCUCGUGCGAAGAAAGGUUUUUUCUGUAUUGGUAAUUUCUUUUUACUCGCGAAAAAGAGUUCAUUGUGGAACAAAAUUAUCAACGGCAUGCGAGAUUCUGGAAAUCUAGGAAAUGCUCUGACACUCACUUGCCAAAACCAUCCAAAAAAAGUGAUCCACGCUUCGGUUGCAGACGACUUCAAGAAAGCACCAGACGGAGGCUGCACUGAACCAUGUACCUUUCGACUCCGAUGCGGUCACGUGUGUGACUUGAUGUGUCAUCCAAUAGACCCAGCUCACGAAGAAUAUCGUUGUAAAAAGCCUUGUACCAAUACACUUUGCGAUCUGAAUCACAAGUGCCCCAAGAGAUGCUUCCAAGUAUGCGGGCCUUGUCGGGAACCCUUAGAUAGGAUCCUUCCGGGGUGUGGUCACCACCAGGAAGUCCCUUGUCACCUCUGCAAUGAUCUCACUCGAGUUGAAUGUCAAACGCCCUGCGACGUGAUUUUAAAAUGUGGUCACAUUUGUGCUGGUGAUUGCAGUAGUUGUAUUGGUGGUCGAGUCCAUAAACCUUGCAAAAAUGAUUGUCGCCGAAUACUGUUCUGUGGGCACAAAUGCUCUAAAGCGUGCGCCAGGAUCUGUCUACCAUGCAAGGAAAAGUGCGGCAACUACUGCGAGCACAAUGAAUGCAGUAAGAAGUGUGGCGACCCUUGUGAUCCAUGUGAAAAAAAAUGCGUUUGGCAGUGCCAACAUUACAAGUGCACAAAGUUAUGCAGCGAGCUCUGUGAUCGCCCUCGUUGCAAUAAACCUUGUACGAAGCCUCUUCCGUUGUGUAAUCAUCCUUGUAUUGGUCUCUGUGGAGAACCAUGUCCAAAGAAGUGCCGAGUGUGCCAUAAGGACGAGGUCACAGAGAUCUUUUUCGGUACUGAAGACGAACCAAAUGCUCGAUUCGUUGAAUUGGCGGACUGUGGUCACGUGUUUGAAGUGAAAAUGAUGGAUAAGUGGAUGGAUCAGGCCGAAGUAACGCAGGAUGGGAAGCCUGUUGUUGUUCAACCCAUGCUCUGCCCAAAGUGCAGAGUUCCGAUUCGUACCAGUUUACGAUAUGGCAACGUUGUCAAGAAGAUUCUCGCUGACUUCGAGAAAAUUAAACGGAAUACUUCGUCAUUUGAAAUACCUCGUGGUCAAGAAGUGGAGAGUUUGUCAUUUGCACUACAGGGAAUUGAGCAAUUUCCCGAAGACCGAGAUAGAAUCAAGAGAUCGCUUGGUUCGGCAAAACACGCAGCUGAAGUACUCGAUGUGGCAAGGAACCAGAUCAACCUUUUGUCUUUUCUUCAGACCCUUAAAGCCAACACACGCCGUCUAUUUGAGAGUGAAGACCUUCCGCAAGAAAUGGAAGAAAAAUUGAAACGUAAAGUGGAAAAACUCCGCACUCGCGUCAUGGCAUUAAACUACUGGACACUCAAUUGCCAGCAAUUAGAAGAACUUAAUGAGGAAAUGUAUAGAACGCAGCUUCUUUUCGAUUUUAGAUUGCUUAUCUUGCAGCUAGAAAUCCAUGGAAUUGAUCUGAGUAUUAUUGAUGGCUUGAUGAAAAAAGAACUGGAUUCAGAGGGAAAGAUUGGCAAAACACUUCGAGAUCGAUAUACUGCUCGUAUCCAAAGUAUAAGACGGGAAGAAAACCUUGAAGUCUUCAAACUGGCGGUUUUAAGAGACGAACAAAGUGUGAUUAUCUAUUCAAAGUGUCUGGCACAGGCUCAUUGGCUCAAGUGUUCAAGAGGUCACAUCUACGGUAUCACAGAGUGUGGCGAGGGGAUAGAGGAAAAAAACUGCCCAGAUUGUGGAAAAGAUCGUAAGGAACAAUAACAUGGAAAUCAGUAGUGACCCUAUUUUGUGGGCGAGGCUCCUCAACUUUUACCUAGAAAAUUCAAAUGUGAGCUUAGCAACUCGAAGAGGGAGCUCUAUUACUUAGGACUUAGCCUCCUUAUCAAGGAUCUAUUCAAUAGGGAAGAUGGUAUCUGAUAGUAUAUGGUGAUGAAGUAGCUUUUCCACGGAAGCAUUGUAGCCAUAGUUUCCAGGAAUUAAGAAAAAAUUUUACGUGGAAACUAGAACCAAAGGAGAUUAAUUAAUGAGACAUGGUCUACUGACCAUAAGGUUAGCUUACAAAUUCAUUGAUUAUUUGUACUGCAGUCCGAGUUCUCUCAAAGCGUUUGAUACUUUGCCUUCGGAAACCUGAAAUUUCUAGGGGAGUUUCAAAGCUCAGUUUAAUAUACAAAUAUUUAACAUAAAUUCAUAAUGUUAGGAGGAAUAUAUCCCUCACUAAAUUUGCUUUAUAGCUAGUGAAAAAUUUUAAAUUGAAACGUGAUGGUAAGGUGACCAGAUGAAUUCGUUUCCUUUUACGUUAAAUAAAUAAAUUUGGACGUAAAAAUCGACUGUAGAAAUGAUGCAGGGGAAAAUCUGAUGUAGUGUGAGUGUUCUUAUGCUGCCUGUUGCAAACAUAUGCAAGUUGCAGCACAAAUAGGCAUGAGUUUUGACUUUGUGAAUGUUCACUGUGUUCAUUUAAGUAACGAGACAAUUUUCAUGCAUGACGGAUUUGAUCGUGAAAUGCGUCAAAGUGGUUCGAAAUCCGCGUUUUAAGCUAAUUGUCUUCAGGAUGACCCCAUGAUGCAAACCCAGUCAUAGCACUGAGGAACUGGUUGGAGCAGUUUCACUCACAAAUCGUGGAAUUCAAGUUUUUGUUUAAGUAUUGUUAAACUUAAGUUCGUUAGCCUUGUGUCCAAACGGGGGUCGCAAGACCAUUCAUUUGAGAAACAAACCAGUUCAAAUUUGGUCAUCGCUUGAGCAUUCGUUCUUAGACCGUAAUACGAGUAUCUUAUAAUGUCUUUCCAUUUGAAACGCGUAGAUAACUGCCACGUGGCAGUAAUCACAUAUGUCCUUGAUAAUCCCAGAAUGCUUUUGUAUGUGGUUUUGAAUCAGCUUGUGGAGUGAAUGCGGGUGGGAUCAGUGUAGAGUUCCGGCACAGAGUAACAGCUUUGAAAAACAAAAUGUUCCCCUUUGUUUGUGCAUUCAAUAUAUACGUUGGUGUCACUAUCUCACGCGGCGUCUCGCGUGUCUAAUUCUUGUUCAACCUCGUUCCCAGGAUCCUCUUUCUGUUCCUCUCUCGAAUAAGGAGGAGAGGACCCUGGGAAAUAGAUUGUGUGCGCGGUUACCGUCCAGUUUACCGGAGCCGCAAAUUUGAAAAUUUUUAUGAUGGUUCUUGCGUCCCAUCCCGGAAAAGAUAGAUCUUUUGGAGCUCAAAUUGUAACGGGAGUAUGCUGAAGAAUACUCCAGUCGGAUACAUUGGAAAUUUGGG